GUGCUCUACUGCUUCCUCAACAACGAAGUGCAGGAGUUGCUGCGGAAACGAUGGCGUCAGUACCGAACGAGACGCCUGGGUUAUCCGGCCCUUCACUACCACUGUCGCAAGAACACCAGGACCACCAGCGUCCUGGACUCCUCCGUCUACGUCAGGAGCAGCCCUCAGCGUAGCUCUCGCAACCACGACCCAAACACCUUCAACUCUGACGACGGGGAUGUCGGUGACCUCAACAGUUCCGUGUACGUGAAGACCAGCCUCCAGCUACAGCCAAUUCUGCACGACAACAACAUUUAUGCCAACGCAAACCACUCUCUUGAUACUUACAAACUGGACACUUAUGGUCGUGAAAGUUAUUCAAUACAGAGCUCCCUGGUGUGACCAGUUAAAGCUUUGAAUGGCUUCACUAUUACUUCAUAUUCGUCUUACAAUGCUCAGCAAACACACACACACACACCACCACACACACACA